UCCGUUACAGCUCAGGAGCCAUGGCCGGACAACGUCAAGCUGUUCCAGCCGUACGAAGUGGAGCAGAUACUGCUGCCGGAUAACGCCAGCUGUCUAGCAGUGCAGGCUUUUUUGAAGAUGUGCAACCUCCCCUUCGAGGUGGAAAUGCGUUGGAACGCCGAAUUCAUGUCGCCAUCCGGCCGCGUACCUUUCAUCAAAUGCGGCGCCUUCGUAGUGUCUGAACUGGAACCAGUGGUACAGUUCGCGGCUAAUAAAGGCGUGUCGCUGUGCGCUCGACUACCGGCUGAGGAGAAAGCAGAGAUGAGGGCGUAUAUGAGCUUGAUUACCAAUGUGCUGGUGAACGCUGAGCUCUACAUAUCCUGGCUUGACGAUGAAACGUUCAACGCCGUCACAAAAGUGCGCAACUCCUCAGUGUACCCGUGGCCUCUAGGCUGGAUCCAGACGCGCGCCAAACGCAACGCUGUGGCGAAGCGGCUGAAAGCGCUGCAUUGGCACGAUAAGAGCUUGGAGCAGGUUUUGGCUGACGUCGAGCAGUGCUGUAACUCGCUAAGUCAAAGGCUCGGCGAAAGGGACUACUUCUUCGGAACUCCGACCCCGCUAGACGCGCUAGUCUAUGGCCACGUGAGGGCGCUGCUCUCGGCAGCCGGGCCCAAGGCGGCUCUGAUGAUCAAGCCGAUCACCAGCUCGCUGCUGCGGCAUCUGCUGAGGAUGGUCAACUUGACCAAUAUGAAGUUGUCGUACCAAGAGGAGUACCUGAUAACCCAAGCGUUCCAAAUAACCCGUCGGCGUAUGGAGCCAGAACGUACCCUGUCCGACCGCAGUACGAGGGUCAAACGGUCCAAGAUGUCUCUAAGGAACGCCAGCAAGGAGAACAUGUUUGGCUUCAAGCCGUUUGCGUCCAAACAAAUAAUAAUAAUGACGUCCAAAGAAGGCCAUAUCACCUGCGAAUAUGACGGUCCGAAAAAAUACGACCAAUAUGGCGGUGUUUGCGAGCAAAACCUCGAUUUAUGCGCCGAAAUAAUCGACGAAUUACUCAACAAAGUCGACGAAGUAUCAUCUGAGAGAGAAUAUAAACACGAUUUCGAAGUGAUAGUCUACCCUCAUGAGAAGAGAGAUGAGAAAUUUAUAAAUCUAGACGUGAAAGUUAAUGAUUACCUUGAUACGAUUGAAGAAAAUGAUCUGUCGACAGAGACAGGUCCAGAAGAUGUGCUACAGAUUAUAAACGAUGAUGACAGUGAUGGUUUAGUGAAUGAUAAACUGUUAAGUACUGAAAUAGUUGGAGGCGACAGAAUCACUUGUAUCAGCCCGGAUAUUACGGAUUCUAGUAAUCCAAAGAGUCCGAAUGAGACCUUCAUGACCACAAGCGGUGAUAGAACUGAGUCCAUGUCGAUAAAGUCUGAUUUGUCCAACUCCCCUGGUUCUGCAGAUUCGAAGUCGACCUUAAAAAUGCCUAGCGCAGAAAUGAGCGUUGAGAGUCUAUUGGAUUAUUUACGAAAGAGAAACGCGACAUUUAGUAGUCACCCUUCUAUGGCAGAUAUUGACUAAGAGCCGUUUAAAACAAGAACCAAAAUACUGUAUCAUGACGUUUGAAAAAGGACGCCUUUUUGUGAUGUAGCGUCUUCAAAAUGGCCGUCGAUAUGUGUGAAAUUUUAAGUGUAUUGUUACG